AUGGGAUUUUUGAGUGGUGUUCUCAGUAACAUCUACAAGCAUUUAGGGCAGCAUAAAGAGACAAUUACAGAUGCAAUUAACACUCUUAACACCAAUAAACACCUUGGUAAAAAAGGUUUUAAUGUUGCGAUUGGAAGUGUGGUCGAAGGGGUGGGGAGGUAUAAUGAGAAGGUGAAGAGGUCAAAUGAAAAUGUAAGUACGCCUAUAAAAAUAUUUCAUGAUUAUAUUGAAAGUGAAUUUAAUAACACGUUUGAGACGAUUGAAGUCAAAAGUGUAUCUGCCGACCCUGAUAAUGAGGAUAAUCAGGUCAAGGCGGCGACCGAUCUGGCGGAGGCAUGUCUUGGGAAAGCAAAAGAUUUUUGCGGAGCCAUAAAUGAAAACAAGGAUAACGUAAAUGACCUAAAUCAUACUCUAAUGUUAAAAGUAUAUGAUGUGAAAGACUGUAUUGAGCAUGAAAUUAAGCGCCUCAGUGAGUUGUCAACCAAAGAAAAAAAGGAGUUGGAGGAGAUGAGCGCUUUGGUAAAGAAAAUGUUAAGCGAGCUAAAAAAACAGAUAAAUGAGGAAAUUGAGAUGCAAGUAAGAUCGUUGGUGAAGCAUUUGAAAUCGCUGGUUACUAAAAUUAGGGAUAAGCUCAUUGAAGUUGAACAUAAUAUGCAGCAGUACGUGUACAAUUUAGCAACGUGGAUGGAAGAUGCGCAGAGAAUCUUGGAUGAAGCUCUACGUAAGGUUGCAGUCAUAUUAGGAGACAUUGAUGGCACUGGAAGCAUGAGCGCUGAAAGGAUUAAAACAACUGCUGACUUGAUUCAGACGGAAGCCGGAUUGCUACAUAGGCACUUUGAAUCUGCUAAGUCUGAAUACGAAAAGCUAUUUAAGCUAAUUAAAGGGAAGAGUGGAGAUGGAAAUGAUGAGGAAUGCGUGAUACAUAUGCUAGAUGAUGCGGAAAAUAAGGUUAAUGAGCCGAAGAGCUUGGAAGGAUUUAAGAAAACGGAUGAAUGGGGAUUGAAAAAUGAAAUAGAAGGGCUCACCAAAGCAAUACAUACAAACGUUGAGAAUUAUCUGAAGUAUGUGAAGGAGGCUUUGGAGGCAGGGAUCCAGAAGGCGGAUAAUUUCAGUCGCACGACGACACCCGGGCUCAACGCUAUGAUUGAUCAUUUGGGAGAGGAUAUAAAAGGUAAACUUGGCACAUUCGGAUUGUUGUUCACAACGGCAAAAUCUGACACAGAGAAGGGGGGUCUGGGUUAUUGCUUUGAAAUUUUAUUGUACUAUCUUAAUUCCGUAAAAAAAGAUAACGCUGUGGGAUGGGAAAGAUUUGUUCAACUCAUCGGCACCAACGUUACAUCAUCAAUGAAAGAUAGAUCUAUUGCAGGUGAUUUCAACGAAAAACUUUUAGAUCUAGUUAAUGGCGCUGUAAUUAACGGUAUGGGAAAUCUUCAGGAGGCAGUCACUGCAAUCGUUCAAGACAAACUUAAACCUCUUAAAGACGAAAUCAGUAGUAUUAUUCAACAAGCCGAAGAGUCCAAAAACGCGAUAAGAGAUCAUGCCGCUGAUGUGCUCGGUAGAUUCGCAGAACUGAGUGCAAAUAUAACGAAUGCAGGCGGCAAUGCCAUGGGUAUUUUACAAGAUUUGAGAAAUACGAAUAUCGGAGUACAGCUCAAAAAAAUUAAAAAGCAGAUCAACACUUUGCAAAGCGUUAAUUUGCCAUUAGCAAUUGAGUUGUCUCACACCUUUGUUAGUAGAGAGGCCGACGAUGCCGGCGAGGGUGCUAUCACUGUGAUAAAGAAUGUAGUUGAGAAUCAAGUCGACAACGUAAGUAGAGCACUUACAACUCAGACGCGAAAACAUUAUGUUACUACCAUGCGAUUGCUACUCGACGCCUUUGCCGCCAAGGUUACCGCCGAACUCACCAACCUACCCGAGGCCAUUGAAAAGGAUAUGCAUAUCGGAUUUAAAGGGUUCAUGGAGGCAUUCGCUGGUGACAAUGAUAGGAACAUUAAGUUGCUUGAGGGCCAAAAUGAUGCAAAGAGACUGCAAGAUUUAUCGUACGCAUUCAACGCUUCUUGGCAACCAAUGCACGAUUAUCUCAACAAGGAGAUCAAAAGAGUAACAAACGAAAACAAUAAGAGAAACCCUAAAAGUGAGGAUCCGCAACCAUACUUAACUGGUCUAUCUAAAAUCACCGAAUCGCUCAACGCGCUACUCACUCACGUCACCGACAAAAACAAGUACGACUGCCAAAUCCCCGGCCUGCUUGACUCACUGGAAUCGGCGGUUAGUGACCUAACUCCACAGGGGUUCUCUAACCCGAACAGCGCCAUUCUCGACGGAAUCACCAGCGGGCUGGGCGGCUUGAUUGGCGAACUGAGAAAGACAUACAUCUCUACGUAUGACGGUGCGAAACAAAUUAGUUGGGACGAACUGUUUGCUAACAAAGAAACGGAAGAGAGCCGUCAUGCUGCGAAAGUUUGUAUGUCUAUUUUUAAAGUGAUUUGCGAUGAUUUGACCGAGUUGCAUAAGCAGUGCACGGAGCAAGCAGAGUGGAAAGGACGAAAAAUAUACGAAACCUCUGAUGCGAGAGGUAACCCUCUGGGGGACUUCUUUCUGUCACGCGGCUAUAAGAUACCAUCCGCCAACAGCAAUCAGGACGGUGAGUUGCAAUGCUCUGUUGGCAUGAUGGGCAGGCACAUACUUCGUAACCUUAAUACGAAUAUUCAAGACGCCCACUAUAAUGUGCAUCUCAAGGAUUGCCGAGGCAAAGAAUCGCAAAAUAGAUUCAAUAUAGUUGGCAUUAUUACUUGCAUCAUCCAACACGUCAACCAAUAUUAUAUGGUCUGUCACCUACCAACUGUACAGUCAUCUAAGCUGCCAUGCAACAUCUACCAGAUGCUCUCAUGGCUCUGCGGGCUUACGUAUAAUCCGGUGUACCCGCAACUAUCGCUUAACGCAUUUAGCGAUUUUUUCGAAAAGCCUGAACACUCUGCGCCAGCUGACAGUGAGGACGUAUCCUUCGAUGACGACACCGCCGACGCAUUGCCAGCUUAUCCACAUGAAGUCAGCGUUGCAAAUCUCUCGACCACACUUAUGGAGGUAUGCCAUCAUUCGUAUGAGGUAUUGUGUGCAAUACUAGGCCACGGACACGCAGGUGGUCGUUACGCCUGUGAUUUCAAUACGAACCCGGACAAGUUGUCAUAUCCAAGUAAUCCGUCAAAGUGUCUAGACCUAUGCAUAGAAAUACUGAUUAGACUAUAUAAUCAACUCUACUUCAUAUACGUUCAGUGUCAUCGUGCAUCAAACGCUGUAUCGUGGCGUGAUUGUUAUUAUGGUCGGCACGUGGGCGGUUCGUCAUGGGAGUGCAAUGAGAUACAAUGCGCUGACCUAAUUGCCAACCAAAGAGGUGCCCAAAAGUGUAACCAAAACGCUGACCAAACGUGUGAGCAACACCCGAAGUGUGGCAUAAAGUCGCCUCUGCAGUCAUUCUUGGAGGAUGGUCUGCCUGGGUUUCUCCCUCACCCCUUCAAAACACCCAAUUGCAAACUAACUUGCGAAGCGCCAAACCAUCGUGGCAUACCAUGCAAAACUCCAAUGGGCUUUGCAGAUAUCAGUGUAACGGCGUCACAUACAAAAAAAGGAUCGCAUCUCGCAGAUGCUUUAGCAGCCUUCUGCGGUACACCUAAUACACCCUUGGCUGCAAUCUGCGCCUCACUUACGUGCUUGUUACAGCGAGCUCCGCGGACCUUGGACGACAUGUUCUCAUUCUACUACCAUCUACUUAAAGGUUGGAAUGGUAAUAACAGCAAACGCAAUAUGCAUAAAAGCAAUGCUUUUAACGAUGCCGUCAGCAAGGCCCAUUUCGGUGAAGCAUAUCCAGAUUUGGAUAUAACCACGAUAUUUAAGGGCAGCGAUCACAAGACCGGUAAUCACGUUAACGGUGAGCUGCAUAGUUUAUUUACGUGCGAUUACGGUAACAAAACUGAAAUGGAAUGCGGCCGGUAUAUGCAGCCAUUUGGCCACAAUAUAUGGACAGUUUUCUCCGAAGUCAAUGCCGACAAAUAUCUCACUUGGAUUGUCUAUCUCACGGAAGCAUUUUACGAUUUACUCAAGAAGCUGUACGAAGAGUGUUGCAAAAACUGCAAAACCCCAGGAUCACGGUGUCAUGGUAAGACGUGUCACCAGAACUGUUUAGUUUCCCAUACCUCCACUCAUUCUAAAAACUGUAGGUCAAUUGCUCAGUGCCCAUUCACACGUCCGACAUUAUGCAAAUACGGAUUUGUAUUUCAGAGCGAAUCAAACCUCAGCGGAACCUAUGGCCCGGAAACGAAACGAACGUGCCAAGACUUCUGCAACGCAUUAAAUAAGGUUUUGAAAAAGGGUAAUGUUCUUGGCGAUUUGACAUAUAUCACCAUUCCGAACUUCCUUUGGAAAAUUAGAGAAAAAUUCUUCUGGCUCAAUGUAGCCCUCUGGCUCCUCUCUCUCCUCUACCUCAUACACAUCAUGGUCAUCCGCCUAGACCUCCUCCACAUCAAAUCGCAUUUGAAUAGUCCCUCGAGUCAUCGUAUCGCUGCUCAAUCACUACUUGCCGCCGCACGUGUUAACAAGCUUAACAGGGUGUUUUAUCUGCAACCAUAA